GUGUUUUUGACAUUUGUUUACAACUUUAUUUCAUUUUUACAAAAUUUCAUUCACGCCGCCGUCCAAGUUUUCUCAGUUUUUAUCUGUAUUGUAAAACCAUGGGGUUCGAUAAGAAAUUAGAGAAUUUAGCUGUAAAGCUUUUUGAAAUAAACGCUGUAAAGUUUGGUGAAUUUGUCAUGAAAAGUGGCCUAACCACUCCAGUGUAUUUCGAUUUGAGGGUUAUAGUUAGUUAUCCUGAAGUUUUGGACCUCAUAUCGUCGCUUUUGUAUGAAUUUUCCGUGAAGUCAAGUUCGUGUGACCACCUUUGCGGUGUUCCGUACACGGCGCUGCCCAUCGCUACUCUGCUCAGUGUUCAGGCCAAGAAGCCCAUGUUGAUGAGACGGAAGGAGGCGAAGGCUUACGGAACCAAGAAGUUGAUAGAAGGGCAUUUCAAAGCUGGUCAAACUGUGCUGAUAGUGGAGGAUGUCGUCACGUCAGGUGGAAGUGUUCUGGAGACAGUGAACGAUAUCCGCAAGGAGGGACUAGUAGCUGAAGAAGCCGUUGUCAUUGUAGAUAGGCAGCAAGGUGGUGUCAAGAACUUGGAAGCUAAUAAUGUACAUGUAAAGUCUCUGUUUACUAUCUCUUCACUGUUGGAAAUAUUUGUGAAGCAUGGCAAGGUCACAAAGGAAACAGCUGAAAAAGUUAAAGAGUACUUGAAGAAUAACCAGGCGGUUAAGGAACCUACAGUUGCAGAUGCUCCAGUAGACAGGACCAAGUUGACAUACGAAAAGCGAGAGAAGCUCGCCAACAACCCCAUUGCCAAGAAACUGUUCAACAUCAUGGCAACAAAGAAAUCUAACCUGUGCUUAUCAGUUGACCUCACAUCUACCAGCAAAAUUCUUGACCUUUUGACUAGAGUCGGAGAGCACAUUUGUCUUGUAAAGACCCAUGUAGACAUUAUCGAGGACUUCUCUGAAUCAUUUGUGACGCAGCUCAAACAGCUGGCUGACCGGUUUGGCUUUUUGAUUUUGGAAGACAGAAAGUUUGCCGAUAUUGGCAACACAGUGUCUCUGCAGUACUCCAAAGGGCUGUAUAAAAUCGGUGACUGGGCUGACUGUGUGACGGUCCACUCCCUGCCUGGAGAGGGUGUAUUGAAGGCCAUCAGUGCUUCUGUGAAUGGAGUCAGUAAAGGAGUUUUCCUGUUGGCUGAAAUGAGCAGUGAGGGUAAUCUUAUCACUCCAGACUACAUUGAGCAGACAGUGAAAGUGGCAGCUAAAUACCCUGAGCUGAUGACCGGGUUUGUGUGCCAGAACAAGAAGACCUUCUCCGACCCCGGCCUCAUACAGCUGACACCGGGAGUCCAACUGCAAUCCUCUGGAGAUGGUUUGGGCCAGGUCUACAAUACGCCAGAGAAGAUAAUUCUAGAAAAUGGUGCCGACAUAGCUGUGGUAGGUCGAGGCAUCGUGGCAGCCAAGAACCCUGAAGCUCAAGUGGUCAUCUACAGGGACGCUUUAUGGAAAGCUUACGUGGAAAGAGUUGGUGCAAAGUAACAUCACCAGAUAAAUCAAGAAUCCACCCAAUCCAAUGGGGCAUUAACUUGGCAAUAAUUAACAGAACAAUAAUCUUGUCAUAGCUGUACAGAAAUGAAAAUGUGACAUACAUUAUGUAUCCGUUAUUCUUAAACUUAAUACAAAGUGGGACCAAACCCUUGUGAUAUUGUUAUGUAUUCCUGGGGUGCUACUCUUUAUAAUAAUUUUAAGUAAUAUUAUAUUAGCAUGACUAAUCUAAGAGAUGCUUGCAACAAGGCAUAAAACUUUGUUAGUGCUUCCGUUAAUACUUAUAUUUACAGAGAUAAGCUUGAAUCAAAAUUUGUUACAUAAGUACCUAUUAAUUAUAUUUUGUAAACAUUUUAGUGACAUUCCAGAAAUUGCCUUUAUUAAAAUAUUGUUUUGAAUAA